AUGUGCUCUGGCGGCGGCUCCUUGGGCCUCCUGGCCUGGCUCCUGCUUCUUCAGCCCUGGCCCGGGGAGGACUGGGCGGGCAGGGCGGCGCCACUCCUCUCCCCUCUCCUCUCAGAGGAGAACCGCCAGAACCUGGCAGCGACCCAGACCCCAAGACCGCCGGCGGGCCCCCCACCCAAUCUGUUUGAGUCCUUCCCAGGUGACUCACGGCUGUGUGGCCGAAACCUCCUGAGAAUCGUGGGAGGGGUGAACGCAGAGGAAGGGAAGUGGCCCUGGCAGGUGAGCGUGAGGAUCGGCCGCAGGCACAUCUGCGGCGGCACCCUGGUCACCAACGCGUGGGUGCUGACGGCAGCCCACUGCAUUUUAAGACGUUUCCAGUACAGUGUCAAGAUGGGAGAUCGGAGUAUCUACAAUGAAAACACAAGUGUGGUGGUCCCUGUGCAAAGAAGUUUUGUCCACCCUAAGUACUCAGUAACUCCAACCGUUAAAAAUGACGUUGGCCUUCUUCAGCUCCAACAUCCUGUGAAUUUUACCGUGAACAUCCAGCCUGUCUGCAUCCCUCGGGAGAAUUUCCAUGUGAAAGCUAUGACCAGGUGCUGGGUGACUGGAUGGGGCAACACACAAGAAAGAGAGAAAUCUCAGACAGAAAUUCUCCAGGAGGUAGACCAAUACAUCAUGCACCAUGAGGAAUGUAAUAAGAGAAUGCAGAAGAUCAUGUCAUCUACCAAAGAUGUAAUAAUGAAAGGGAUGAUCUGUGGCUAUAAAGGACCAGGAAAGGAUUCUUGUCAGGGAGAUUCUGGGGGCCCCUUGGUCUGUGAAUAUAGUGACACAUGGGUCCAGGUAGGGAUUGUGAGCUGGGGCGUUGGCUGUGGUCGCCAAGGGGUGCCUGGAGUUUACACAGAAAUUGGCGUCUACAGUAAGUGGCUGAUUGCAGUGGUGAAUCAGGCUACCUGUUUGUAUCCAGCAGUGUUCCUCAGCUUACUCCUGCAUCUGGUGCUGCCCCUGGGCAUCCUGGUGGCCCUGUGAUCACCCCAGCCCACUCCUCUUUUGUUUCUGAGUCUCAUACUAGGGCUCCCCUCCAGCCUCCCACUCCUUCUCAGUGCCCUUUCUGCAAAUCCCAGUUGGAAUCCACGGGCCCUCUGGAGAUCCACACAAUAGAGCAUGCUGGGGAGACUGGGGCCUGGAAAGUGUCCCUGGCUGGUGCUCUGGUCACCUGCCUCCGCCGUGCCUGCACGAGGGCUGUGCUCUGCCUGGUGGGAAGGAGGGAUGAAUCAAUUCCAGCUAGAGGACCAGCCACCCUGCCAGGGGGCCACGGUGACUCAUUGAUAUCUGGGUGAACAUCUAUGAAGGAAGAGACAUCAUCAACCUUGAAGCAAGUGUUAGACGUGGUUCUGGUUUCUGGACUCCCACCUGAGACUUUGUGAAACCAGCCAGCUGGGCGAUUGCUCAGAGAGAGUGAAGGAGGCAUUCCCAGGUCCCUGGAGAGGUGUGAGGCCUGGGACUUCCACUCUGGCUCAGUUGUCUGGGGCUGGGAGAAGUUCCCCUGUAGCCCAGUGUGGGUCCCUCUGUGAGUGAACAGCCUCUGCCCCACCAGCUCUCUUGGGGCAACCCAUUGUUGGCACCCCCUUCCUCAGUGCCCUAGUGGCUGCUUUCAGGGACACCACAAGUUGUGUUGAGGCAGUUAUGGAGUUUGGAAUUUUCAAAAAUCAACUGAAUAAAUGUUUGGAGAGUCCUGUGUUC